AUAGGCAAGAUGCAUGUACAUGAUAUGUGAAUAUAUACAACAUGUCGAGUUCGGAGAAGCCAGCAUCGAAAGAUGAGAAAUCCCCUGUAGCAUUCUCAUUAUCUUGCUUGUGUUCACAACGAUGGCUGCUGGCCUACGUUGGCUGGCUCGGAUGUAUCAUGCUAUACGCCGCCCGUGCCAACCUCAGCGUCGCCAUCGUGUGCAUGGUCAACGACACCGACACCAAUUCCACGUCGUCGAUAUCGGAGCAUGCCGAGUUCUACUGGUCCAAGGGAGAGCAGUCUGGAAUCCUCAGCUCGUUUUUCUACGGCUACAUAUUGACACAGAUUCCCGCGGGAAUACUGGCGAGUAGAUAUGGCGGGAAGUACGUAAUGUUUAUCGGGAUGCUGAUUGGCUCGAUCGUUUCACUGCUUCUACCAAUCGGCGCCCGGACUUCCAUCUACCUGGUGUAUGUGCUGCGCGUGAUUCUUGGAGUGUGCCAGGGAGUCUUGUUUCCAUCUCUACAAUCCCUUUGGGGCAGAUGGGCGCCGCCAUUGGAGAGGACAAAACUCACUGCUGUCUGUUAUUCAGGAACUCAGUUUGGUAGCAUAGCAACGUUCGCUAUAUCGGGGUUCAUGUGCAUAUAUGGCUUCGAUAAUGGAUGGGGUUCCAUCUUCUAUGUUACAGGUGGAAUAUCGUUGUUAUGGUGCGGGCUGUGGUAUAUAACGGUCGCCAGCACACCGGCUCAGCACCCUCGUAUUACGAAGAGAGAGAGGAAUUAUAUUAUCACAAGUAUAGGGGAAAAACAACAGACGUUCUCGACCCCAUGGGCCGCCCUGCUGAAGUCACCGGCGCUGUGGGCGUGUCUAACUGCACACGUGUGUUGUAACUGGAUUAUAUACACACUACUGACCAACAUACCAACAUUCCUUAAAGAAGUGCUGGAUUUCGACAUAGCCGAGAACGGCUUGCUGUCGUCCAUUCCCUACGUGAGCCAGGCCGUGUCUGGAAUGUUGACAGGUCAGGUGGCCGACUACAUCCGGUCAAGGAAUUACCUCAGCACAACGGCCACGCGGAGGAUCUUCCAGAUCAUCGCCUUCGUGGGGGCAGGUGCGUGUCUGAUCGGGACAGGGUUUGUGAGCGUGGAGCACCGCUACGUCGCUGUUGUUUUGUUGACGAUAGCCAUGUGGUUUGUUGGGAUGGCAUCUGCUGGCUACAUUGUCAACACUGUCGACUUCGCUCCAAGAUACGCUGGUAUACUGUUCGGUAUUUGUAACGCUGCUGCGACGGUCCCGGGGAUGGUGGCGCCUCUCCUAGCCGGUGCCCUCACCCCAAACAAAACUCAGGAAGAAUGGCGGAACGUGUUUUACGUGUGUGCGGGAUUCUGUGCCCUGGGAAGUUUGGUGUUCGGCACCCAGGCCCGGGGGGAGCUGCAGCCCUGGGCCGUGGACCAGGUGGAGGUAGACGUGGGGGAAGGGCAGGAGGUCCCCGACGUGUCAGACAGAGCUCUGGAUACCAAGGACACUUUUGACAAGAAGGCAACUACAGAUACGUCAACUCAUCUGUAACAGUUUUCAGGCUAACAGAAUACCACAUACAUCGGAUACAGUGAACCUCCAUUAGCCGUAUCAUUGAUAUAGAACAUAUGUUAACCAGACAAUUUUACAGAGAAUGAAUUCCAAUAGACGUUCUGUGCAAGUGGUCCCUGGAAUUGAAACCACCACAUAAAACGCCAUGACAUUCACUGAUAGGUGUUAUAUUGUUAAGCAGAAAAGUAUCUCUAAAGAACAUGUGAAGUUAACAUGUUGAAAAUAUGGGGCCCAAAUAGGAAGAACGUGAAUCCAAAUGAAAGUAGUAUCUUUCAAUGUACCAAAGCACGACUUGGAGAUUAAUAAACACGAAGAAUUAUCUUCACCAAAAACAUUCGUCAUGCCGAAGACCCGGGUUCGAUUCCCGACAUGGGUACAAUGUGUGAAGUCCAUUUCUGGUGUCCCCCGCCGUGAUAUUGCUGGAAUAUU